UACAACGGGAAGUCUUACAGGGAACCGUUUGCUAUCGAUAAGAGUCCCUUGUUUAAAUCUUUGUGUCAGUGGCCUACAGUGUUCAUACCAAAUAUAGUGAACAGUCUAUGAGCUAGGAAUUGUAUCGCUGCAUUUGUUUAAGUAUGAUUAAAAUGGGCGCCAUGCAUGUUUACUUUCUUAUUGUAUCCAUGUGCGCGUCACUAGUAAUGGGAUUCAUUAUGCCUACGCCAACAGCUGAUAACUGCCGGGACACACUGGAUUACUGUGCAAAGUACGAUCCGAGCGUCUGCACCAAUACAACCUACCGGGCCUACAUGACUGCCAAAUGUCCGAAAUACUGCGGAAUAUGCACGCCAGCCCAUCCCGACCCGAUCGUUCCGGUCAACUGCGCGGACGCUUUGCCAAAUUGUGUAGAGUACGACACGGGAGACCUCUGUACCAGGUCUGAUUACCACCAGUGGGCCAGAGAAAACUGCCGUGUUUACUGUCAAUUCGACGGAUGUCGUCAGAUCACCUCUCCACCAGAGUGUAAGGACCGGGACGCGGAUUGUGUGUCGCACGAAAAGUCCAUUUGCACGACAAGCAAACCCUGGGCGACCUUCCACUGUCCAGCAUACUGUGGCUUUUGUCAGCCGGCGGCCACUACCCCGGUCGCCUGCACGGACACGUUGACGAACUGUAGAGAGUACGACUCCGGGAACCUGUGCACGGACCACACGUACGCCAAGUGGGUGCUGGAGCACUGUAAACAUUACUGCAGGGUGCCCGGAUGUAUCUAGACGCUACCAGGCAUACGUGUCGCGUGUAUUUGUGUGAAUUUUUUGUUACAUUAAAUAACACAAGGAGAAUGAA